AUGGAGUUUUCAUUGGCGAAGAAAAAGGCACCGGCGCGAAGCGUGGGGGUGCAACACGAGGAGAAGGCGAAGGCGGUGGAGUACGUCACCGGCGUGGCGGGAAACGAGAUCGAAGGAACGAGCGGUGACGACGAGCCGGUGCGAGAUAAGGUCAUCGCGAGGAUCGAGAACACGUUCGAGGUGGGGACGGGACGAAGAAGAAAGAUCCCGAGUUUCAUACCGACGAAAGAUGAGAUCGAGCGGGAUAACAAGAGGUUCCACGUCGCGGAGACGAUCGCGGCUGGAGGAGAAUUGGCUCAGCAAGGAGUGGCGUACGGUCUGACGAAGAUGGGACCAAAGCACGGCGCAGUAGCGGCGGAGAAGAGCGAUCGGGACAAGGCGGGUGAGAGCUUCAUCGGUAAAAGUUUGCAUGAGAAAGAACUUCAAGCGUUCAAGGAGGAUAUGGAGGAUUUACCGGAGCAGGCAUCGAUUGAGGAAUAUGAGGACAUGCCGAUUGAAGACUUUGGCAAAGCGAUGCUGCGCGGAAUGGGCUGGGAGGAGGGCAAAGCGGUGGGUCGAAUGCACAGAGGUAUGGUUGAGGCUGUCGAAUUUAUUCCUCGAGCGGCUCGGCUCGGUUUAGGAGCUCAGCCCGCGGAGAAGGACGCACCUCAGAAGAAGUACAUAAAACCGGGCGAAACGCGAGAGAAGAAAGCAGACAUGGUACGCGACCAGCGGGCAGUGGCCGACGCGGGCAUGAGAAACGUGAAGACAUUGGAUGAAAAGCUUGUUAAACGAAAAGAAGUUGGACCCAGAGAAGGAAAGAUGAUGUACAUCGCCGAUGGGCAGCACGCUGGAAUAUCAGGACGCAUUCUGCGGAUGCUGGGCGAAAAGGCCAGCAUAGAGCUCAGUAAUAGCGGUACAGUGGUCACGGUUCGGUGCAGUGAGCUUCAAGAAAUGAGCGAGAGAGAAACUAAGGCGAGCGUAGGAGAGAAGCGUUUCAGGAAUGACGAUAGUAAGAGCGCGGGGACGGCGGCAGAACCGUGGUUGUACACAAACGUUCGCGUGCGCGUUGUUAGCAAAAGCUUCAGUCGCGGGCAGUUCUAUCUCAUGAAGGGAGUCAUCGUGGAUGUUCUGACUCCCACAAAGUGUCUUUUACAAAUAGACGGAGGGGGUAAGACGAUCGAAAUCGACCAGCGGGCGUUGGAGACAGUUUUACCCAAGCUGGGAGGCCGCAUAUGUGUUGUCUUGGGCAAGUUUCGAGGUAGGCGCGGAAAGCUCCUUGAAAAGAAUAAGUCCAACGACACUGCGUCGAUACAGUUAAACGAGGACUUUGAGGCGCACGUUCUGCCCAUGGAUGCCAUCGCGGAAUAUUCGGGCGCGUUAGAUGAGGAAGAUUAG